AUGGCGGUGUCCCUAUCUGUCGAUACUCUCAACUGGCACUGUCCACCAUGGGGUGGACUUGUCCAUGGACCGUCGUAUGACCGCAAGGCAGUCACUCCAGGGAUUGUGCACAUUGGCUUGGCAGAGUCUCACCGCGCUCAUCAAGCCCAUUUCGUUGAUGAGAUCCUGUCAUCUGGACAGGUCGACUGCCUUUCUUGGGGCAUCUCAGGCGUCAGCCUUCCUGACGAUCUGCACCUGCACCAUGCGAUGAAGGAGCAAAGCGGCAUGUAUGUCUUGUGUACACGAAAUGCGCAGGAGCCCAGAGCGCGCAUCAUCGGAGCGUAUUGUGAGUAUCUCUCAGCACCGGAGCAGCACACGGCCAUACUUGAUCGGCUGCAGGCAGACACCACAAAAAUCAUUAGCCUGUGUAUGAAAGACAGUGAUGCCCUGGACGCCGAAGCUCUGGAUGAUUCAUCGGAAGAUGUCCAGUCAGACCUGCAAGCCUUGAAAAGCAUGCUUGCGUGCGCAGAUGCAGCUCAACCGUCAUCGGCUGUGCCGCUGAAGACGGCGCCUGCUUACCUUGUCGCAGCUGCCGCACUGCGGCGGAAGCGUGGCGCUCCCCCUGUGGCCGUGCUCAGCUGCGAUGCAGUGCCGCGGAAUGGAGAGCGCUGUGCCUCUGCAGUGGCUUUGCUAGCGCAGAAGAGUGGUGGCGAUGAGCUCGUGCAGUACAUCCAACAGGAAUGGCGCUUUCCCAGCUCCGUUUGUGAUCGCAUCGUAUACAGAUUGACACCGACCGUGCUUCAGGACCUGCAUCGAGCAUCAGGGGUGGCUGACAAAGGGCCGGUUGCCUGCGAAGACUUCGUGCGUUGGGUUGUGGAGGACCAGUUUCCGAGUGGUCGACCUGCGUGGGAAUCGGUACUAGGAGACGCAUGCGUCUUCGUGGAAGAUGCAGGGCCUUUCUCGGACUUGCACCUGAAGGUCUUCGAAGGUGCCCGUCAAUUGGUUGCCUACGCCGGGGUUUUGUUGGGCUACCGGAGAGUCAAUGAAGCGAUUGCCGAGCCGGUAGUCGCCACUUUUGUGCAGAGAUAUUGGGCAGUCGUUUUGGCGCAUGGCGUAACUGCUUCCACAGAAGAUGGCCAAGUCUACCAGGCUGAAGCCUUUGAUCGCCUGUCGCAGAGCGACGAAGAGCUGCUAACGAUUGCGGAAGAGGGAUGCCACAAAAUCUGCCGUUUCUGCAUGGGCCUGAUUCCUAAUCUGCCGCCCAUGGAUACGCCCACCAUCAAGCCGAUUGUUCAGCUUCUUUGCCUGUGGGUGCGAUACCUGACGGCCUCUGCAGACGAGACAGAGACGUCAUAUGAGCAUUCUGCAGAUGGCAGGCUUGAGGUGUUGCAGCCCUUGGCCGAGAGCUUGUGGCAGAACGCUGUCAAGUCUGUAAAGGGCGAGAAAGGUGAAACAAUCCGGAAGCAGCCUCCAAGAGAGGAGACCAAAGCUUUUGUGACUACGGCAUUCCCUACUGUGAACUUCAGUGCAACCGUGCUGGUGGAGGUCAUGGCAAGCCAGCUCAUCGCUCUGAGAGCCAAUGGUGUGACCAGCUUUCUGACGCCUUUAGGAAAGUAG